CAUUCAGUGACUGCACGGUCAUCUGAAUACCAAUCGACGCGCCGCGGUCCGGCCAUCUUGACAUGCAAGCUGCGCUACGAGUCGCUGGCUUUUUCGUGUAUCCAUACGAGUCAUGGCGCUCGCGAAAGAUGUCCUUUCGACUGGCGUCAGCCGUGGCAUGUACGGACCGGCAUGCCCUCGUCAUCGACAGGCCCGACCCGCGGAGUCGCCCCUGCGCAACCGUCGCCCUAGGCCACUGGAACGUGACACGUCCUCGUUCAACAUCAUCGCACUCGCCAGUGGCGUCGAAAGCAGUGAAGCCUCACAGCGAAACAACAUAGCGACGCGGGUCGUGCGUCUCGCGGAGUGGUCUUUCUUCACCUGCUAUGUGCUAGUGCUACCAAGAGGGUGCUGCUUCGUCAGAGAUAUGUCGAGGUGCAACUGUAGAUGCAACUGUAGAGAUUUUGAAGGAAAAUUGGGAAGUCGGGCUGGAGAUCUGCGAAGGAGAUUAAGGAAUCAGGGAAGGGAGGAUAGGGUCGAUCCUGGAAUGUACCUCUAGUUCAAUUGAAGGAAAUCGCUGGUGACAUUCGGCAACAGCCGAAUGAAGCUCUUGAAUGCCAAGACAAGCCUGC